AACAGCCCUGAUGGAAGAGGAGACAGAGACAGCAGCUACUUCGGCUACAAAUGAAGAGGAACCUGAUGAUGAGCACCCCUGGCCAUAUUUGAACACAAUGUUCUCUUAUGUUGAUGUGAAGGAUUUGUCCGAUCGAAUGAAGUGCCUCUUAUGCCUUCCAAAAAACGUGGAAAUUCUAUCUUAUAGAAACUCCCCGUCCAAUCUAAAGAAACACAUUGAGAGAAAGCAUCCGCACCAUGUUCAAAAAUACAUCGAGCUGACCACAGCAAAGCGGAAAAGGGUCAGUGGAGCAUCCACCACCAGCAAGCAGGCCACAUUAACACAGUCCUUGACCAUGACACCUCAGAAGAGAAUUGACAAGGCCGUUGUUAAAUACAUUGUACAUGGGCUUCGGCCAUUUUCUGUAGUUGAGCAGGAACCUUUCAGAGAAUUAGUUAAGGACCUUGUCCCUAAUGCCAAAAUGAUGUCCCGGGUGACUCUCACCUCCAUGAUUGAUGAUGGCUUCAAACAAAUGAAAACGGCUCUGACUGAGGCAAUGAAGAGGGUCAACCACAUUGCCACUACUACCGACUGUUGGUCUGUCAGAAGGUGAGGCUUCAUUGGUGUUACUGCACACUGGAUUGACCCUGAGACUCUUCAAAGAUGUUCAGCAGCCUUAGCUUGCAGACAGUUGAGGGGUUCACACACAUUUGACCUGCUAGCCAAUGCUCUGAAUGACAUACACGCAGAAUUUGAGAUUCGAGGCAAGAUUGUGAGGACGACCACUGAUAAUGGUUCGAACUUUGUCAAGGCUUUCCGAGUGUUUGGGGAAGAUGAGAACAACAAUGCGGAGGGAGUUGAGGAAGCUGAAGAGUCUGCACAGUCUGAAGAGGAAGACGAUGGUGGAGUGGAUGAGGACAAAGAUGUACAGUACGUUGAUACGGCAGCUCUUCUAAAUGAAGAUGAUGGCUUUGAAUUUCAACUACCGAGACACCAACGCUGUGCUUGUCAUAUCUUAAAUCUAAUUGCUAGUGAAGAUUCCACAAAUGCAACCUCCAAUGAUGCAUACAAAAAGCUGCACCAUGCAACGUUUGGCAAGUGUUACGGCCUAUGGAACAAAUGUGGAAGAUCCACACUUGCAGCUGAGAUGAUUGAAGAUGUCUGUUCCAUUCAGCUUCUAAGACCAAAUAAAACAAGGUGUAAUUCCUUGUUCAUGGCCGUGGAACGCCUACUCUGGAUUAAUAAAUAGAAGGGAGAGGGGGCCCUAAGAGCUAUUGCCACUGACCUGAAGGUCCCAAUGUUCAACCCAGCGGAACUUGCAUUUCUCACUGAAUAUGCUGCUGUAAUGAGCCCUGUCGCCCAAACAACCAACAUACUGCAAGCAGAGACCAACGCACAAAUGGGGUGGCUACUUCCAACAAUCCACCUGCUGAUGGUCAAACUCGACAAGGUCAAGUUGCAGCUGAAGUACUGCAGGCCUCUUGUUGAUGCUCUACAGUCUGGAAUUCAGAACCGUUUUGGGCACAUGUUCAGGGAUGCUGAGCUGGUUGCAACUGCAAUUCUUCUUCCCAAAUUCCGAACGACAUGGACGAAGGACGAUGCUACCAUCAAAAUGGGAAUCGAUUACAUCAAGCAGCAUAUAGAGGAUCCCUCCCUCCAGCCAGGUGCGACCAGGUCGAGUUCAUCAGAUGAGGAUGACUUCUUCUCGUCCCUGCAGGUGUCGAAGACCCACGAUGGUGCCAAACAGUUGGAUGCCUACCUGUCCUGCUCAGCUGACCACAUGGACUUGCUGAAGUCCUUCCCUUCUGUUUGCAAGCUGUCUGUCAAGCUCAACACGCCACUGCCAGCAUCAGCAGCAUGCGAAAGGCUGUUCAGCAUAGCAGGGCUUGUUUUCAGCCCAUGAAGGGUAUGGCUAAAUUCUAGGCAUUUUGAAAGCCAGCUGCUUUUGAAGAUGAACAGAAAGUUUUACAGUUUCAAGUGAUGGCAGGGGUUAUGUGCAAGGAUGACCUCAAAGGAGGUUUAAGUUAGAGGGGAAGAAUAAAAAGGUCAAGGGCAAAAGUGUGUAUUGGGGAUGGGGAAGUGGGGCUUGAAUGUGCAAAAAGAAAAUCUGUUGGUGCUAUGUUAAAUGUUAAGAUUUAGUUUAUAAAGUGCAAUAAUGGUAGCAGCUCUUUUUUGUUUUAUAUUUUGUCUUGAUGGUGUGAUGUACGCCUCAUUUUCAGUACCAUUUUAUUUUUCAAAAAAAGGUUUCAAACUGUGGUCACCCUCUUCAGAUGCCAGAUAAGCUUCAGUUUUCUCCAAACUACUUUUUUCUUUUGAUUAUUAUGACAGGAAUUGGUCGUGUAUGCACCUCCAUAGUUUAUAAAGUGCAAUAACAGUGGCAGCUUUUUUUAUGUUUUUUUUUCUUAAUGGUGUGAUGUAUGCCUAA